UAUUCUUUCCAGUAAUAUCAAAAACUAUCAGUUUGCUCAUAAACCCUUAAUAUUAGCAAGGUCUUGCUUGGAUUUUGCAUCGACCAUAUACGUCUUUCAUCUUCUAUUCUGUUGGAUGUACAACGGCGCAUUUCCUAUGAACGUUUCGUUUUGGCUGAUGAUGAUUCUCUGCGUCACGAUUACGACAGUACUGGGAGAAUACUGUUGCAUGAAAUUGGAAAUGAGGGAAAUUCCUGUGCAGCCGGCUAGCGUUGAUAUUUAA